UAUAUAAUAAAAGUAUGAUGUUGUUUUCUAUUUCGCGAUAAGUAGUAGAGAUAGUUAUUAGAUCGGACGUGUACGCACAUAGCGCAGACUCGAGGGCUCGUUUAUUCUUAAAUCAAAAGUGUUACCUUUCAUUCGUUAUUUCACGUUGUUACAGUUAGGUUCGUAGUAGGUGCCGUUCAUUCUUCGUCAUUUAAAAGCAUUACUCGAUGAAUGUUUGACCUGUUGCACCUAUCUUCGAUACUCCCCAUUAAGAAAAAUGUGUAUCAUCAAUUUUCUCAUCGAAUUAAACGAUUAAUGUCGUCUUUGUGAUUUAAAUUAAACAGAAAAAAGAAAAAUAAAAACAUUUUUAAUGGAACGUAAAACAACAUCGUAAUAUUUGAUUAAAUCAUCAAAAUUCAGAGGUAAUUCUACACGAUAUAAUUGCUAUUAAUUAUAUUUCCAUAUAUGUAUGGAUACACGCAUAAAUGUAGAUAACCAGGUUAUGGUUGCUUUUUCACGUAUAUACGUGGAGGCUGAUACCACCAUGUUGAAAACGAGAAAUAUUUUCCAUGGGGAUUCUGCUAAAACUAAUUGCAGAAUUUGGUCGGUUUUGGGAAAUCGGAGAAGGAGUAAAACUAAUAGUCGAACGAGAACCAAUCAUGACGGUGCAUUGCCGUUAAGGGCACGGCAAUUUCUUCAAAAUGAUGACGUAGAUAAUUUACCUUCUGUAAACAAUAACGAGGACUCCGUAGACAGUUUUCAUCGUGCUAUCAGUUCGAUUUUAUGGUGGGCGCAACUUUUCGGCUUACUUCCGGUUACUGGAAUAAGCGCCGACACUCCGUCGAAAUUAAAAUUCAAAAAGAUUUCUUUUCGAACAUUUUAUACUAUACUUGUGGCUUUUUCGAUAUUCAUAAUGGCGACAUUAUCGGUCAUUCAUAUGAUUAGGACACUCAACGCGGAAGCUUUCGGAGUACGUGGUGGCAUUGCAGCUGCAACAGCCGGUGCAAUAUUUUAUGGCAAUGGUUUUUUCGGAACGAUCAUGUUCCUUUGGUUGUCGCCACGUUGGGUAAUCCUUCAACAUGAGUGGAGCGCAAUGGAACGAUUCAUAGACAGCAACAAAUCCUUGAGACCACGGCUACGUUUGAAAUUUUUAAUCUUAAGUAUCAUCGUAUUCCUAUUCUCUCUACUUGAACAUAUUCUCAGUAUAAUUAACAAUAGUUUAGCUUUCGAAUGGGGAAAAUCUAAUUCGACGUUUGAAAAUUUUUUACGCAUUUACAUCACCACCUCGCACGAUUUUAUUUUCGAUAUAAUCGAAUACAAUUUCGCCAUUGGUAUUUAUAUUUUCAUAAUUAGCAAAUUGGCAACGUUCGUGUGGAAUUUCACCGAUUUAUUCGUCAUGUUGAUAUCCACCGGUUUGGCAGAAAGAUAUAAAGCACUUAACAAAAGAUUGUUCGUAUUAACGAAAAAACAUGCUAAUACGGUUGAUUGGUGCGAAUUUAGAUGCGAUUACGCUAUUCUAAGUUCAUUGAUGAAAAAAGUGGACAACGAUAUAUCACCGAUAAUACUCCUAUCGUUCGCCAAUAAUCUAUACUUUAUUUGUUUACAAUUAUUGAAUGGAUUAUCGGGACCUAUGGAAGGGCACAUUGUAAAUGGCAUAUAUUUCUUCGGUUCGUUCGCAUUUCUCAUAACUCGAACUUGUGCCGUGACAUUGUUAACAGCCAGAAUUAAUGAUCAAAGUAAAACCGUACUACCGUUGUUGUACAAUUGUUCAUCUUCCACCUAUAACAUUGAGAUUGAAAUCAAUAUAUGUUAG